AAAUCGGCAGAGCGGCCGCCCUCUCACUUCAUCUACUCCCUCUCUCACCCCUCAACAUCUCUCUCGUUCUCUUCUUCCCUGCUACUUACCGAGAAGAACGAAACCAUCGCCAAUUUUGCCGUCUCCUCAGGCCGCCAACCAAAAUGGAUCAGAAAACAACCUCUUUUCUCCCUUCCUCUCUUCGCCCUCGGUCUCAUUUGCUCCCUUCGAGCUACUAGGGUGACGAGGGUGGCAGGAUUGUCGGCGACGAUGGCGACAUGCACCGCCAGUGACAACAAAAUGGAGUUUUUUAAGAGCAUAGAGGAGCUCUCGAUCAGCUUUUCUAGUUGGAGCGGCGACGGCGGUGAGAAGAUCUUACCCUCUGGAAGGAAUGGAGAAGCAGAAGAUCCCAGCGGUGCGGCCUCUGCCGGAAUCUGAUGGCAGGGUGGUUUCGCUGAGUUCGUUUUGCACUUCUUUUUUUAAUUUUCGUUAUUCUGGGUUUUGGUUCGUUAUCACUAUUUUGGGAUUCUAAUUCUUGAUUUCCUUGUUUUUGCAUAUAUCUACGGUUUGAAGAGACAAUAGGUGAUAUCUUUCUAAACUUAAACUAGAUUGUUGGUUAUUAUUGCUAUGGUUUUGUCUGUGGUGUUAAGAAACCAG